AUAACUACCAGUUACCAGCUACUAAGUAGCUCUCAAUCUUCUGUCUAAACUCUACCAAGAACCAUCCAUACUCUUACAAACUCUUGAUUCAACAGCUCUCUCUAAGUGCAUCUUUCACUUCAGAGUUGCCUCUUUUCUACUUUACCACGCUCGUCAACGCGCUGCUUCUUGUCUUCUACCUUCUUCAAACACCAACACUUACACUUACAUACAAAGCCACAGCCUGAAUAUGGCUCUUCAAGCUUCCAUUGCCUCCUCGGCAUCAUCUCUAGCUGCAACUUGUACUGAAAUCAUUAAUACUGCGCAUACGAUUGAUCUAUUCCAAGAGGAUGACAAUCACCUACAAGACUUACUCAAGGAGACACAGAUCCUCUCUGCAACGCUGAGCACUAUUGCCCUGUUCUGGACCGUGAAUCGCUUGGUAGCCAUCUCGAAUGAACUUUCGGAAAUCUUACAGAUCCUAUCUAUCUCCUUUCACCAUUGUAACCUCACCUUGAAGCAGAUUCAAUGGAUCUUCAAAGAGGAGAACAGAGACAGCCUCUCAAGCUUUAAUCUGUGGCGCAAAAGAAUUCGAGUUCAUGCCGAUAUUACAGCACUUGUCCUGGAUGCGAUUGUUGAUCCAGAUUUUACAGGUGUCAAGGUAACCAAUAUGCAACAACUCCUUGAGGACAUAAAGCAGAUUGUGGAAGGUGAUGGCAAAACUGUGAGCCCGAGCAACACUCAGGGUCUUGAGAUGAAAGACUUCUUUGAGAAUGGCCAAAUCCUAGUGGAUAAGGUUCAUCAAUAUACUACAUCCACGCGCAGUGAAGGGGGAACAGUCUCAGAUUCCCCGGCGGAGCACGGCCCUUCUGCUCCCGAUACUGGCAGAGUCCUGGCUUUCGAGUCGGUUUCUGCGACGUCUGAGAAUGACCGCACCCUAAGCGAGAACCACGCUUUCUCAGAGAUUAGGGAGCUCAUUUACAGCAAAAAUUUAUCUGCAGCAGAGGAAUAUUCGAGAACAUUUCAUACCCGCGUUGCACUCACACUUGAGUCAAGGCGACUAGGGGGUCGAACCCUCGACUUUGGCGUUAUUAGCACCACACUCUAA